AUGCCAAUGACUGUAAAAUUGAAAGGAGUUACAAACGCACCAGGUGAGCUGUCUGUGGAUGCUAUCAGGGCGACCUGGCUUCCCGUUUACAACAAGUUCGUGCUCAACGAUGAAAAACUUGAAUUGAAGAUCAGUGCUCGCGGGAUGAAGCCGGGCGGAGGUGGAUGUAUUACUUUUUCAGCUCCCAUCGUCAAAACAUUGCGGCCAGUACAAAGGGAGAAGCAAGGCAAAAUAUGCAAAAUCCGUGGGCAGGCAUACGUCACAAAGGUGACUCCUUCGCUGGCUUAUCGAAUGAUCGAUUCUGCAAAGAAAAUGCUGCAUGGUUAUAUUGCUGAUGUAUACAUAACUGUAGAUCAGAGGAAAGGAGAUUCCGGCGGAAACUCUCCCGGAUAUGGAUUGUUCCUUACGGCUGAAACAACAGAAGGGGUUGUGUAUCAUGGAGAAGCGAUGUCAAAGCCGAAAGGAGAAGCUGGCGAUCCAAUUGUAGCAGAGGAUGUUGGGAGUAAUGCUGCAAUUGCACUACUGGAAGAAAUCUACAGAGGUGGAUGUUUGGAUAGUUCAGCUCAAAUACUGGCGAGCUCUUUCAUGGCUCUUGGGCAAAAAGAUAUUUCAAAAUUUCUUUUUGGCCCCUUGACUGUUUAUAGUGUUCAUGCUUUUCGACACUUGAAAUCGUUCUUCGAGAUCCAGUUUAAAGUUGAAGAAUGGGAACGGAUACGAAAGGUGGAUAAGGAUAAGGAAGAUGAUGCAAUGCGGUUAGGCAGUAAUCAGAAAGCGCUAGUUACUGCUAUGGGGAUUGGUUUCAGUAAUUUGAACAAAAUUGUUUUAUAG